AAAAAUCUCAAUGAAUUUAACAAAAUCUAUACCCAUGUAUUUUUCCAAUUAGAAAAUAUUUAAAUCCAAAACAAGUGUACAAUUAACAAAGAAAUAAGUAAGCAAAUUUUCAUGUGAGAAAUUCAUAAGAAUUGAUAUAUCCACUUUUUUUCUUCUUUAUUUAUUUUUUAAUUUUUCACAUAUAUCUAGAUGUAUCUUGUUAUGUGUCUACUUUAAAUUGAAACCAACCCGACCUUAUAGCUUGUAACAGAGUUGAAGAGGCAGAGACAUUGUCUAACAGAACCUUAGCUACAAACCUUGUUUUCUUUCUUCUCUUUUAAACUUUCUCUCGAAGCUAUGGCAGAACAACCAACCAAGGUGGAGACACCUCCUGCUCCGCUGGUAACUGACCCUCCUCUGGCCGAGGCACCGCCGCAGCUCCAAGAUGCUGCCGAGAAGAAACCGCUGGCUCCGCCUCCGGCAGCCGCUGCAGAAGGGACCAAGGCUCUAGUUGUUGUUGAGAAUGAGAAAGCAGUGGAGCCAGUUAAAAAGAAAACAUCCCUUGAUAGAGAUAUUGCUCUUGCAGAAGUGGAAAAGGAGAAAAAGUUGUCUUAUGUGAAGGCAUGGGAAGAAAGUGAAAAAUCUAAAGCAGAGAAUAAAGCUCAGAAGCAGUUAUCUGCUGUUGGUGCUUGGGAAAAUAGCAAGAAAGCAGCUCUUGAAGCUAAGCUGAGAAAAAUUGAGGAACAGUUGGAGAAAAAGAAAGCAGAAUAUGGCGAACAAAUGAAGAACAAGAUAGCAUUGAUUCACAAGCAAGCUGAGGAGAAGAGAGCGAUGGUUGAAGCAAAGCGUGGUGAGGAAUUUCUCAAGGCUGAGGAAACCGCCGCUAAAUAUCGUGCAACUGGGACCACUCCAAAGAAGCUCCUCGGAUGCUUUUGAAAUGUCAAAGUUCUUUUUUGGUGGGGUCUGAAUUUCAAAGCGAUAAUUGUCAAAUUUUUGUAUUGUUUGUGUUUAAAAGGUUAUGUUUAAUAUGUGUGUAUGAAAUUAAUACCUAAAAAAAAUGUUUAUUAUAAAUAUUACUUAGCUUGCUUUUUUUAUUUUUA